UAUCGACAUGAACCAAAGCCAGAGGGGCAACUUGUUAUAAAGUUGCGUACUCGUACUAAUUAUCAUUUCAGUAAUGAAGUUCCGUUCUUUCGAGACGGAUACGCGUUACGUAUUUUAACGUUAAUAUUACUUAUCGUCGCGUUGUUUUUUAAAAAAAAGUGUUAAAUAGUGUUUGUUGUUUUUUGUGCAUUUUUUUCAACUGUGUAAGAUUUGAUUUGAAUUUUUUUUUUCAUUUUGUCCAGUGUUAUAUCGCGAUUAAAUAAAAACUUGAAGAUAUACUCGACGUGCAUCGAAGUGGCUGCUGGUGUGUUUUUUUUGCAUCGAGAUACCCGUUUACCUAUACGUACUUACCUAUCUUGAGUGUCAUAAUGAAGAACCAUACUGGGAAACGCAGAUUUACAAUUAAACUAUUAAGUUUAAUGUUUUUAAUGGUGCAAGAAAUUUCGAUAUUACAAGCUUUACCUCAACGAGGGACCUCGAACGAACCUCCCACCUCGGCUGGUAAUAUGGCCAGAGAAGCUUCGGAUGACGCGAAGUACGUUUUCAAUGGUUUAUACAAGUCGAAUUCGAUAUUCUCAAUGACCUUUCCGUCUCUGUUGAUGAGACCUGAGUUAGUCGCGUCCUAUGCAGAAGUUAGGUUUGCCUAUUUUUACGACAUGUUUGGGAGGAAAAUAUCACCUCCGUAUCCUCUCGCAACCUCACCACCUGACUUCGGUGUGAAUAAACCUUUCAGAUUGGAUUCAAUUACCGGAUUGUGCUACUACAAAGCUGCCAAAACACUUCCUCGAAGGGUUGAUGAUACUGGUACUCGCAAUGGACCUCAAAAAACCAACCUUAGUACUUCAAUUCGUACCACAACAAAGGAGGAAAUAAAAGACGACAGCGUCAAGUUUCCCACAAAUCGUCCUUCGAACGGUGGAAAUGCGAAUCAACCAGUCUCGCCAGUCUCGCCAGUCUCGGUGACUCGUAAUAAAAUCGUCGACGAGAUCGCUCUUGAUCCGAGGGAUAUGAAAAAAUGCCAACAGAAUUUUCGCGAUUGUGAAAAAUUAAAUUAUUAUCCUACCAACGUCGUGGAAAAACUUCUCUCAGAGGGGAAAAUUAAUAAAAAUUUACUCUUUAACGAGAAUAUAAAAUUUGAAAUAAAUACCAGACUCGAAGGCAGCGGAGAUGACGGUUCGGGUAAAAAGCAAUUUUGCAGUUACAAAGAGGAUAUAAUGUACCCUGAUGCGGGUAAAAAUAAAGAUGGAGAAUAUCGUUUCAUCGUUCAAUUACCUAAAUAUAAUAUCACUCAAGGUAUUCGUACCGAAACAUGCGUCUCCAGAGGAGAUAACAGCUGCGGAGGAUUGAAAACACAUCUACCAUCGUAUUACCAGCUCGAAUGUGUUCAGAAAUACGCCUACAAGCAACUGGUCACAUUUUCAUCAACCGGAUCAGUUCAAGAGCCGAUUGAAAUUCCGAGCUGUUGCGUUUGCAUGUACAGCGAUAAGAAGUAAAUCCUUGAACCAGUUUCGACGGUUGCGGCUUAUCGAAGUUGGAAUUUUUUUUUCUUUGAAAGGAUGUAAAUUUUUAGAUGCAGUUCGAAUUUUGAACGAUGUGAUAAAUAUACGAUUUUGAUACACGAAUCAGUUACGUAUUUAUUUUAAAGACGAAUUCAAAUUUUACCUCACACAAUCGAUGGUAAAUGCGGUUGACGUUGAGUAACUCGAUUUGGUAUUUUAAUUAUAUUUUUCUUUUUCUCCUCUGUUUUUGCAAUCUCUCUUUUCAUUUUUGCAUGGUAUUUUUAAGCGUUUUAUUUUAUAGUAAAUUAUAUCGUGUUGUUUUUUUUUUUUUUACCGAUCUCUGUAAUUAUUUACGGUGUUUAUAUUGUUCCAUGUCGGCUUAUCAAUGAUUAGAGUUAUGCUGUGAUUUUUAUUUUGUAAUUUUUUUUCCUUUUGUUAUCUUUUUAAUAUUUUUACGGCGAUUUUUUUUUUUCUUUCUUAGAUUAAAGUUUUCUACGAUGCUC